AUGCUGCGACGGAGCGUGGCGCUGCGAGUCAUUGCAGCAGACAGCAGGUCGCCCGCAAGCAACUCUCCAGUGCUGGCGCCUGGUGUGGUGCGGUCGCUUUACCGCAUGCUGCUCCGGGAGGUGAAAAAGCUGGACGACUCCCCCGUGUCAAAGACACUCUUCCCGCUGACGAAGGAGCUGCAGGACAUCACCAAGAGCCACGGACCUCUCUACGUCCCGAACGGUGUAAAGUACAUGGAGGUCCUGCGCGAUGCGUUCCGCGGAACGAUGCCGCCGGCGAGAGUAAACCUUGCCUUCGACACUCUGACGCGCCUUCGAACACACAACGAAAAGGUAACCGCGAAGAUACCUGUGUUUAUGAAGGAUCAUGCCCCGUUGCUCAGUACAAUGAAGGCAUCGCAGCCCAAAACAGGGUUGUACCGCGCUGAGACACUUGCAUGCAAUGUGGACAACGGUCCCAAGUACGUCCCUAUUAGUGGAUCGGCGUUUUCUGUUCCCACAAAGGUUGUUCUGCGACAAACACGCACGGUGGACCUCGCGGAGGGUGUCGCUUUGGUCGCCCAUCCGCUCUCCUCAACGCACUUCGAUCGCCGCGUGCUGCUCAUCACAGAGCGCAACCCCCACAUCACCACCGCGGUGGUGCUAGACAUGAUGUUCACGUACCCAUUGUCUAGAGGGAACCCCAUGUUUCCUGAAGUUUUUUGGGGUCAUGAGGUGUAUGAUGGAGGUUUCUCGCAGAUUGGUUUCACGAUGCCCCCCACCGCUCAGAUAAGCGUCCUGCACACAACAGAACCACCUACAGAGCCAGAGUCUCCUCAAUACCUUGCCUGGCUCAAGUGGAAGGAGAACAAGCCAACGUCCAAGGCGACAGAGUCCCUUGCAGAGCAUCAUUGCUUGCUUUGCAAGCCUCUUAUCCGUGGCGGGGUCUUGGCUGACGGCACUGUAGAGCCUACGCUCUACCUGUCCAAGGUGGAGGCACUACCGUAUUUGGCCCAGCUGGUGCCGGGCAAGCCGCGCUCCUCUCUCCGGGUGUACUGGGGCAGCAUGCGGUGGCCCACCCAGCAGCUUGAGACCGAGGUUGCGAAUGGUCAUUGGAUUCCUGUGAAACUCUCCCCAAAGUUCUUUGGGCCUUUCCCAUUAGUGCCGGAAACUGGGAAGGUGGAGUGUUUUCCAAGUAAGGAAGAACUUGAAGAGAGACGAAGAGUGCGUGAACGGCGGUACGGUGUGGAUGUGUCACCGCCGCAGGUGUUUCCCCCGGAUCAAAUUCUACGGCGCCGCGAAUGCUUGUGGGAUCAAAUCAUGUACUCCCUUGGAGGGGAGUUUGGUGCUUUGGUGGGGUGUGUGAAUCCGUUUUCAGGGACAGCGCGUGGAGUACUGCCGCUGGAGGUCGCGGGGCCCGCUGUGGCGAGCGAGGCUGCAGCCGCCGGGGAUGGCGCCACUGCAGUUGUCGACCAAGCAAUGAUGAUGGACGACGACGACGACAUGAUGGGAGAGAUGGAGAAAGACGAAGAAGAAGAGGACGGGGAUGGGGAUGAGGACGGGGACGAUGGGUUGCCUAGUGGCGGUGCGGCGCGUGUGGGGGAGGCGGCGGGCGACGCGCCACCAGCGCAGGGAGGACAACAUGAACGGGGAAACGGCGACAAUGAGAAGGAGUGA